AAAUAAUUUUAUGGGUUUCAAUGUGGGUAUCUUAUUAUACUAGUUGCCUUUCUUUGAUAUCAGAACUAUAUGAAACUUAAAAAAAAAACCUUGUGGCAUAGCAUAGUUUUAAAAUGAAGACAAAAAUAAAUAUUUUAUUAUUUUAAAGAAAUUACACAAUUAUAAUAUUUUUAAGUGUAGAAUUAAAAUAACUCACUCGUGCGGCGGCCUCGGCGCAAACGGUCACACCAUUUACUGGUGCUUACUGCCGGCGCCCGGUCAUUAUGCAUGCUCUCAAGUGUUUAGCCGGUAAUGAAGUUGGAAAUGCCAUUAGAGGUGGAAUCAGACGCCGCCUCAGUUAUGUCAUGGGAAUCGAGACCUCGUGCGACGAUACGGGCAUCGCUAUCGUGGACACCAACGGCCGGGUGAGGGCGAAUGUGCUGGAAUCCCAGCAGGAGUUCCAUACUAGAUAUGGAGGAAUCAUACCCCCUAGGGCCCAGGACUUGCACCGCGCCCGCAUAGAGACCGCCUAUCAGCGUUGCUUGAAGGAGGCGCAUCUGGCGCCGGAAGAGCUGGCUGCCAUCGCGGUGACCACGAGACCUGGACUACCGCUAAGUCUGGUAGUUGGAUUGCGCUUCGCUCGACACCUGGCCCGUCGCCUGCAAAAACCAUUGCUACCCGUUCACCACAUGGAAGCCCACGCACUGCAAGCCCGCAUGGAGCAUCCGGAAGAGAUACCCUUCCCGUUCCUCUGUCUGCUAGUCAGUGGUGGUCACUGUCAGUUGGCAGUCGUCCACGGACCUGGUCGUCUGACACUCCUUGGCCAAACGCUGGACGAUGCACCCGGCGAAGCUUUCGACAAGAUCGGUCGCCGACUACGUCUACAUGUCCUGCCCGAAUAUCGACUUUGGAACGGGGGGCGAGCCAUUGAGCACGCCGCCCAGCUGGCUAACGAUCCUCUGGCCUAUGAGUUUCCACUGCCACUAUCCCAGCAACGCAACUGUAACUUCAGCUUUGCCGGCAUCAAGAAUAAUUCCUUCCGAGCCAUCAGAACUCGCGAGCGGGCAGAAAGAACGCCACCGGACGGGGUCAUCAGUAACUAUGGCGAUUUUUGCGCUGGCCUGCUGCGCGGUGUUAGCCGUCACUUAAUGCACCGCACCCAACGGGCAAUUGAGUAUUGCCUCCUGCCGCAGGUCCGACUCUUUGGCGACGCACCGCCCACCCUGGUGGUGUCUGGCGGUGUGGCCAAUAACGAUACCAUUUACGCUAACAUCGCCCACCUGGCAGAUCAGUACGGCUGCAGAAGCUAUCGGCCGUCCAAGCGGUACUGUUCCGACAACGGCGUUAUGAUUGCAUGGCACGGAGUCGAGCAGCUACUGCAGGACAGAGAGGGUAGUCUGCGAUUCGACUACGACCAGAUCGACAUUCAAGGCACAGCAGGAUUUGCUGAGUCCCACGAGGAGGCCGUGACUGCGGCGGCCAUCAAGUGUAAAUGGAUUCAGCCACUGGGGUGAUGAUCAAAUGUUGUUAAAGCUCAAAGUUCUGUUUUACAUAUACUUAUUCUUAAAAGUUGGAGUAAUUUUAAUAGAGUUAAAUAUUUUGUUAUUUGAGAGAAAUUGUGUAACAUUAAAAAAAUGAAGAAUUGAUUUGAAAUAGGUUUAACCUGGUUGAAAACUGAACUCAUUGAUUGGGAUAUGAUCUGUGUACAUUAUUGACUAUGUUAAUAUAAUGACCAUUUCAUGAAAUGGUGGAGAAAGUAUCUCAAUUAACGUAGCAUAGGUAGUGAUUGAUAAAUGAAAACAGACUGCCACUGCAGCCUCUUUUUAAAUGUAAUGAUUGCCUUUAAUGGAUGUCACAUAAAGAUGACAUGAUAAAAAUCAUUAGCAUAUAGUUUUGGACAUAAUAUCCGGUUUUAAUCUUUCUAU